AUGUCUGAGAGAGGACAAGAUGAAUAUGAAAAUGAAGAUGAUUAGUUGACACCUGAACAAAGACAAAUGAGGGAAAAUCUUGAAAGACAUAAAAAGGAACUUAAUGAAUUGAAGAAGGAGAUUAGCAAACUAAAGAAAUAAUUUAAGAAAUUACCAGAGGAUAAGAGGCAAGACAUUCUAGAUGAUUUGCUUAUGGAUUAGGAAUCAAAGGCAAAUGAUUACAGAUACUUAAACAAAGUCUUCGAUAACAUCAAUUUAAACACUCUUGAUAAAAGAAAGCUAAAUGAAAACACUAAAUACAUUCAACAGCUAAAUCUAUUUAAUAUUAAAACGAAUCUUGUCAAUGGGAAAGCGAGUAGGGACAGCUAGCUAAAGAUCGCUAAUAUGGAAUCUGUUAUUAGAAGAUCCAUUAAUAACACAGAAUAGGCUUAAAGCGCAAGAGUUGCUAUCCAAUAAGCUAAAUAAUCAGAACUUAUGCAAAUAUUGGAGAAAAAUGAAGAUAGGGAGGAAACCAUCAAUGAAAUCAGGAAGAAAGAAUUAUUAUACAGGAUUAAGAAUAACCUAAAUGAGAUGUCUAAGUCAAAUAGCGUAAAGGUAAUAAGAUAGGAUAAAAAGGACCCUGAACCUAUAUUAGAGAAAGAUGAAUAUGGAUGGCCAAGAAAAACUGAAUAAAGAAAAUCUAUAAUGUUUGGAUCCUUAGUUGCUUCAUAAAGAGGAGUUUUAUCUUAGCUUAAAAAGAAGUAAAUUAAAAACAAAAACUCUAUGAGACAGUUUUCAAAGUAGUAGUAGGGUAGUAUUUUUAACAAGAUCCCCAGUAUCAUGAAAACAGAUACUGACUCGCUUCUAUCUGGAGGCGCUCUAUCGAAAAAAGAUAGUUUACAUUCCUCGCUAUUAGAGAGUGAAAUUACAAUCGACAAGGAUAACAUACCAUACAAUGAACAUCACCACAUUCACAUUAUUGAUCCUUUAAGUGAAAACCUAGAAACACUCGAGAUACCUCCUAUUUAAAAUAAGGCUUUUUCUCAACUGCCUAGAUACUCAAAUCAACUAGACAAGCAAGCACUUUUAAAUCUAUAGCAGCAAUAAACAGCAAUGGAUGGACUAUAUUCAACCACUAAUAAGUAUCAAUUUAUGAAAUAACCUCCUUCUUUAAUGAUGAAGAAAUUUUUCAAAGGCUAUUCUACAACCAGAUCUACUUCAUAGUUACCAAGGAAUGAAAUGACUGAGUAUAAUCAUGAAUAAAAUAGACAACUCAAUACUAUUUAAGAUGCACAAGCCACAGGAAAAAGUGAGAAGAUUAUAUAUCUUAAGUAGUAAAUCGCGUAAACGGCUAUUCCAAGUAUGUACCUUUAGCGUAAAGACAAACUGCAUUUUUCUGAUCUUGCCCCUUCGAUAUUAUUUUCAAAGCAAGAUCAUAAGAAGUAUCUAUAAAACGCAUUGAAAUAUAAUAAGGGUACACUAGCAAAGAUAAACGCAGAAUUUUCAAGUAGGAAUUAAGAGAUAUAAGCUAACUGCGAGAAUACUAAUAAUACAUUUUAUGAUAGUCAGGUUGAGAAGAAAAGAAUGUUCAAGAAUUAGAGUGUUGGAAUGCUUAGAAAGAGCAAUAAUCUGAUACCCGCUCCUAUCUCUAAAAGACUCGUAUCACCACCUAUAAACGACAAUAUAUAAUUACCUACUCCAGGUGGGAGCAACAAUGGUAUGAAACUCAGGAAAUAAACUGAUGUAAUAAUAUAAAUGAAGUAUCGAAGUAGAUCAGAUUUAAAGGGGCAAUAAAAUACUUAGGAAUUUAUACAAAAUUGA